GAAAAAAAAGAAAAAGGUUGCAGAAGCAAAGGUGACUACUCCAGUUAUAUCAAAAGCUACUAUGAAAGAAUUUGAAAAUUUAAAAGAAAUUGACAUUCUAAAAGUAUCUAAUGAAGUUUUAAAAA